AUGAAAAAUGUUCCAUUUAUAAAUCUGAUCGGAUUGCUAAUGUACCUUUCAGUAGCUACUAGGCCAGAUAUCACAUACGAUGUGAAUUUCUCAAGUCAAUUUAACAAUCCUGGAAAAGAACAUUGGCAUGCUGCGAAAAGAAUAAUUCGAUAUCUAAAGGGAACACAAGAUCAAGGACUAAUUUAUACGAAAACAGGAAAACCACUCAUCGCCUUUGUGGAUGCAGAUUGGACGUCAAAUGUCAAUGAUAGAAAAUCAUACACCGGUUUUGUUUAUAUAUUAAGUGGUUCAGCCAUAACUUGGGAAUCACGAAAACAACGCAGUGUAGCUCUAUCUUCAACGGAGGCGGAAUACUCGUAUAUGGCUUUGUCUGAGGCCGCCAAAGAAACCGUCUACCUACGUCGUUUCCUGAAGGAGCUGAGUUACAACAUAGAACACCCAACAACAAUAUACUGCGACAAUCAAGGAGCUCAGAAAAUUACGAAGAACUCAGUGUUUCACUCCCGUACAAAGCACAUAGACAUUCGCCAUCAUUUUGUGCGUGAAGUAUAUGAACGCGGUGAAUUAGAUGUGCAGUACAUACCUACCGGGAGCUGA